CCCCUUGGAUGGCCUCGUCGCACACUGUGACACGGAAACCACCGGUAUUCCGAUGGCUUCUCUAGGUUACCAUGGGCGUUUGGAUCGCCACACCAGUAUAAAUCACAGACAAACACCUUGCUGUCGCCAACAGCUCCUCCUCACUGCCCGUUGUUGCAGCCAUGCAGGCCCAUUCCCUCGCCCUCUCCCCGCGCCACCGCCUCCUCUCCUCCCCCUUGAUCAGCCCGAAAGCGGGCGGGUCGAGGAGACACCGAGUGUCGGCCAUCGCUGUGCCGCCCCUGCGUCGCAAUGCGGUCCAGCACUCGAUGCCGCCGGAGAAGGUGGAGGUGUUUCGGUCGCUGGAGGGGUGGGCCACGCGGGCGUUGCUGCCGCUACUGAAGCCCGUGGAGCAGUGCUGGCAGCCGACCGACUUCCUGCCGGACUCGUCUCGCCCGACAGAGGAGUUCGAGGAGGAGGUGCGGGCGCUGCGGGCCCGGACGGCGGAGCUGCCGGACGACUACUUCGUGGUGCUGGUGGGCGACAUGAUCACGGAGGAGGCGCUGCCGACGUACCAGACGAUGAUCAACACGCUCGACGGGGUGCGGGACGAGACGGGUGCGAGCGAAUGCCCCUGGGCCGUGUGGACGCGGAAGUGGACCGCCGAGGAGAACCGCCACGGCGACAUCCUGGGGAAGUACCUCUACCUCUCCGGCCGCGUCGACAUGCGCAUGCUCGAGAAGACCGUGCAGUACCUUAUCGGCGCCGGCAUGGAUCCGGGGACAGAGAACAACCCCUACCUGGGCUUCGUGUACACCUCCUUCCAGGAGCGCGCUACCUUCAUCUCGCACGGCAACACCGCCCGCCUCGCCAAGGAUCGGGGCGACGCCGUGCUGGCGCGCGUCUGCGGAACCAUCGCGGCCGACGAGAAGCGGCACGAGAACGCCUACGCCCGCAUCGUCGAGAAGCUGCUGGAGCUGGACCCGGACGGCGCCAUGCUCGCCAUCGCCGACAUGAUGCGCAAGAAGAUCACAAUGCCGGCCCACCUCAUGGUCGACGGCCGCGACCCGCGGCUGUUCGAUCACUACUCGGCCGUGGCGCAGCGGCUCGGAGUAUACACGGCGGCCGACUACGUGGCCGUCGUGGAGUUCCUAGUGGAUCGGUGGCGGCUGGAGAAGCUGGAGGCAGGGCUCAGCGGGGAGGGUCGUCGCGCGAGGGACUUCGUCUGCGGUCUGCCGGCCAGGAUGCGGAGGGUGCAGGAGCGGGCCAAGGUGGCGGAGCCAAAGAGAGUAAAGUUCAGCUGGAUCUUCGACAGGGAGGUGACGAUCUAAAGAUAACAAAGUGCAGGGUAGAGACCGUGGCAAUGCAGAUUGGUAGCCUCCGAUCAAUUUGGUGAACUUAAUUGUUGGAUUUUUCUUCCUCUAUGUCCAGUUUCAUUCUGGUUGGAUCAUGUUGCAAGUUUUUGAUGCAUUGUGGAAUGUCAAGCAAUACCAAGAACUGGGAUUCAAGA